AUGGAUCCUCUAACUUCAGACGAAGUCACGACCGCCCUCCGUGCGAUGGGGGUAGACAUCGAACCCAUUCCUCAGGAGCGCAGGAAAUACCUCCGCCUCGCCCUCGACACCUGUCAGCAUGGCCUCCGCCGUGCGCCCUUCCCCAACCUUGCAAACCUUCCCACCUGGCCCAAAUCCACUCCCGUGUCCUACAAAGCUCGUCGGAACUACCACUACACGCACCGCCCUUUGUCAGCACGUCUCACCCAUGAUCCAACGUCGCUCGUCCAGGCCUCCGAGCGCGGCGGCCCCAAACAAUGCAACAGCUGGGGUCGCGAUGAGGCCGCGGGCCGCCGGCGGAGGCGAGCAUCUUCUGGGCGAUGGCACAAGGUCGGGGGGCUGCGUGGGACCCGCCGCCCCGCGCGGGCAUAG